CCCCGCGGCCUUCGCGCAGCUACCCUUAUAUCAUGCCUAAGGCGACUACCCGGCAUGUACGCUCCUGUACCGCUUGUCCCGCGUCGCCACUCCCAUGGCUAAUUUAGACCUCGAUCACCAUCUGAACGAUACUGUGGGAUGUGUAUUCAUUGGAAUACUCCUCGAACUCAUCUUGUACGGCUUUUCCUUGGCGCAAACACAGUAUUACUUCCAUGAGUAUCCCUGCGACCGCCUUUACAUACAGAUACUGGUUGCGUUCUUGUGGUUGCUGGAUACCGCGAGGACAUGCUGCGAUCUGCAGUUUCUAUGGGACUAUCUGGUCACAAACCAUGCAAACCUCGGUGGCAUGUCACGGUUCACCAACACAUUCAUUGCUGAGUUCUUUCUCGCUAGCUGCGUCGUCUUGAUUGUCCAGUUGUACUUCAUCUACUCCGUCUGGCGCUUCAUGGCCUACAAAUGGCAUCGGUUCCCGCUGACCAUCACUAUGGUGUCUCUGGCUCUACUCUCGUUUAGUGGCGGUGUGGUUUCCGUGUAUGAUUUUACGGUCAAUUCGGAUCUCGGAGCAAGCCUUGAUCGUGCGGAAGUUCCUGCCUCCAUUCAAACCGUCACCGCGUUUGUCACAGACGUAUACAUCGCGGCUGCUCUGUCCAUCAUCUUGCAUGGAAAACGAACAGGGUUUUCGGGAACGGAUUCGCUCAUCACGAAGCUCGUCGCGUUCGCAAUUCAUAGAGGUAUCAUUACUGCACUCAUGCAACUUCUGCACUUCGCCACGUACAUCGGCACUCUCAACGACGGCCCUAACAAACUCUUUUGGGCGCUCUUUCACUUCCCAGGGAGCAAAAUUUAUACAAAUUCUCUCCUUGCUGUCUUUAACAUCCGCAACUGGCUUCGCGAUGGCCCCGCCCAGGCGAUGGUUGAGGAGAUCGAGCUUUGUUCGUCAGGGAGCGGCGGCUCACGGAGCACGGGUCCACCCCAAAUACGGGCGGCGCGUAUUGUCGUUACCACGGAGGUGUUCUCGGACACGGACCUGCGCAACGGGAGAGGGAGGAGUGGGAGCGGUGCUGGAGUAUAGGGCCGAGGCUGGUAGGUGUGCACACUGUCUCUCGCUGAGAUCGCAUAGCGUUCUUCUCGACCACAAUCGAAGAGCAGCCUCGUGGCGGUGGAAAUGAAGGGGAGCACCAUUUACAAGUAGAACCUGCCGUAUUGAAUAGCGUUUCUUGCGCGAACCCUACAGCCUGCAUACGUAUACGACAUGCGAAGACCCUCGUCGACACAGAUCGGAGCCAUUGCAUGGCUGGUGUUGGACAUGUCUAGGCUAUGCACGAACGUGAUCUA